AUGUUUGGUAACGAACGGCUAAACGGUACGGCCACAAGCAGUACGACAAAGUGCCAUAAGGAAACCGGCAAGGAUCAGGACACAGGCACUACGUCAGCCCCGACAGAGCCAGCUCUUGCGAGCGAAUCGCGCCCUUCGAUCGCGUCCGUCUUCACGAUCGAAAGCAUUCUCGGGCUCAACCAGGACUCGAUCCCACACAAGUCAGGCACACUGACCGAUAAGCUGCUUUCACCCGUGCCUCAGCGGAUGGAAAAUCCAGCAUACGAGCUGGAGCACACCAAGCAGAGUCUCUCGAAUUAUUUCCGCUGUGCCGGAGCAGGAACUCUUCAUCUGCCUGCGUCUCCCGACACCAACAUGCUACCGACGAAUCUACUUGGAAUAGCAUAUCCCACGUCCUGCCACAACUAUCUGCAACCGGACCUGUUCGCCGCCCACCUACACCAGCAAGUCGGGCUCGUGGCUUGCAAUGGCAGCUUCCGGCCACGCUAUCCGUUCCUGAAUGCGGACUCGCACAUCAAGCGAAAGCGGCGACAUCGGACGAUCUUCACCGAGGAGCAGCUCGAGCAGCUUGAGGCCACGUUCGACAAGACGCACUACCCAGACGUGCUGCUGCGGGAAAAGCUCGCCAUCAAGGUGGACCUCAAGGAGGAGCGAGUCGAGGUGUGGUUCAAGAACCGGCGCGCCAAGUGGCGAAAGCAGAAGCGCGAGGAGCAGGAACAGUUCUCCAACUACGAAAUCAAUAACAAAAUUAGAAAACUUAUCAACAUCCCGGUGUCGGCGCAGGAAAAGCUGCGCCAGCUCCAGACGGGCAUCUUCGCGAAGGACAAACUGCUGCCGAAAUGUGACGAGCUGAGCAACAGCAACAGUGAUGCCUCCGACGUGGAGGUGGUAUGA